AUGAAUUAUCAAAAUGAUGCAAUUAUUCCAACAUUAUCAACCGAAUUGCCAAUUUGUCUUAAAGAUAAACUUACAAGUAAAUUGCUUAACUUCAAAAAUCUUUCUGAACCAAUAAACUCAUCAUUUAUUUCACCCGUAAAAUCGUUAAACAUUUGUGAUUCUACUGCGAUUGAUUUUUCAAUUUCUGAUAACAAUUAUAACGAUAUUUCACCUAAUGAUGAAAUAUCAUGA